GGCUCUCUCUGCUCUCCUCCUGCCUCUCCUAUGACUGACCGCUAGUGACCUCAGUUUCUGCAGCAGCAGCACACAACUUGAGACAGCACACGCACGCACGCACACACGCACGCACACAAAAAAAACAAUCCACGAGGAGAGAUGGCCGGUGUAUUCGGAAAGAUCUUCGUGGGCAUUUACGUGGAGAUAAAACGGAGCGACGGACGAAUACACCAGGCGAUGGUCACAUCACUGCAUGAGGACAAUGACAGUGUGACAGUGGAGUGGAUCGAGAAUGGAGACACCAAAGGGAAAGAGAUUGAUCUGGAGAGCGUCUUUGCUCUGAAUCCAGAUGUUGUUCCUGACGAGGAGAUACCACAGAGUCCUGAGGCACCUCUUCCUCCCUCCAAUGCUGCCAAAACCAGCAAACUCCCCAAGACCAAACGGACUACAGCGAUACCUAAAGCUGAGAAUCCUCCACGGGAGAAUAGAGCUGCAGCGGUGGGAACCACCCGGGCCCGUCCCAGCCAGCAGAGCCAGGCUGCAGAGCCGCCCCCCCCAGCCAUCGCUCCCCAGUCUGCACUCAACCAGUCGCUGCUACAGCUGCAGAACGCACGGAGGAAAUCUAACUGUGUGAAGGAAGUUGAGAAACUGCAGGAGAAACGGGAGAAGAGACGACUUCAGCAGCAAGAGCUCAGAGAGAAGAGGGCACAAGAGGUGGAUGUCAAUUUACCAAACUAUGAAAUCAUGUGUAUGAUCAGAGACUUCCGAGCCAGUCUGGACUACAGGCCUUUAACCAGUAACGACCUGAUCGAGGAGCACAGGAUAUGUGUGUGUGUACGGGCACGUCCACUCAAUAAAAAAGAGUUGACAAUGAAGGAUUUGGAUGUGAUCACCAUUCCCAGUAAGGACGUGGUAAUGGUCCACGAGCCGAAGCAGAAAGUCGACCUGACCCGCUACCUGGAGAACCAAACGUUCCGAUUCGACUACGCCUUCGAUGAAAACUCCACCAAUGAAAUGGUUUACAGGUUCACUGCUCAGCCACUGGUUGAAACCAUUUUCGAGCGGGGGAUGGCGACUUGUUUUGCUUACGGACAAACUGGAAGUGGAAAAACACACACGAUGGGAGGGGACUUUUCGGGAAAGAACCAGGACUGCUCUAAAGGGAUCUAUGCACUGUCUGCCAGAGAUGUCUUUCUCAUGAUUAAGAAACCAAAUUACAAGAAGUUGGAUCUCCAAAUCUUUGCAACAUUUUUUGAGAUUUACAGCGGGAAGGUGUUUGACCUGCUAAACAACAAAACCAAGUUGCGGGUCCUGGAGGACGGGAAGCAGCAGGUGCAGGUGGUGGGGCUACAGGAGAGGGAGGUGAAGUGCACAGAGGACGUCCUCAAACUCAUUGAAGUGGGAAACAGCUGCAGGACCUCCGGUCAGACCUCGGCCAACGCUCACUCUUCUCGGAGCCACGCCGUCUUCCAGAUCAUUCUCCGUCGGCGGGGGAAGAUGCACGGAAAGUUCUCCCUCAUUGACCUGGCGGGGAACGAGCGAGGAGCCGACACGUCCAGCGCGGACCGUCAGACUCGCCUCGAAGGAGCCGAGAUCAACAAGAGCCUGCUGGCACUAAAGGAGUGCAUUCGAGCGCUGGGCAGAAACAAACCUCACACUCCGUUUAGAGCCAGCAAGUUAACCCAAGUGCUGCGAGACUCCUUCAUAGGAGAAAACUCCAGAACAUGCAUGAUUGCGACCAUCUCUCCUGGAAUGGCGUCAUGUGAAAACACCUUGAACACGCUGAGAUAUGCCAACAGAGUGAAGGAGUUUGGGAUAAGUCCCUCAGACAUCCCCUUCUCCCAGAGCGGAGGUGGAGGGAGUCGCUCCGAACUCUCCCCUACUUAUGAGGCGAAGGAGCUGACGGGGGACCCUUCAGCAGCGAUGGACAUCCAUCAGGGAGGACAUCACCAGCUGGAGGUGCUGGAGGCUCAGUGGGGGGUCGGCAGUUCUCCACAGAGAGACGAUCUGAAGCUGCUCUGUGAACAGAACGAGGAAGAGGUUUCCCCACAGCUCUUCACUUUCCAUGAAGCCGUCUCUCAGCUGGUGGAGAUGGAGGAGCAGGUUCUGGAGGACCACAGGGCCGUUUUCCAGGAGUCGAUCCGCUGGCUGGAAGACGAGAAGGUGCUUUUGGAAAUGACGGAGGAGGUGGACUACGAUGUUGAAUCGUUUGCAACUCAACUAGAACAGAUCCUGGAUCAGAAGAUUGACAUUCUCACUGAGCUGAGAGAUAAAGUCAAGUCUUUCCGUUCUGCACUCCAGGAAGAGGAGCAAGCUAGCCAACAGAUAACCCCGAAGAGGCCUCGUGCACUAUAGAAACACAUCAAAUAUAUAUUUCACUGUAAUAUUGACUUCAGAAAGGUGAAGGCCUGCCGCUGAGGUGGUCAAGAGCUGAUGUAGCUCAGCUGUGAUUUUAUGACUUACUGUCUUCUGUCCUCAACCUCUUUGCUGUACAGGCUGCCAUCGCUUUCCCAUCAUGCAUCCGUCCAUCUGUAAAACCAAAGAGCAGACCGUCUUUGCUCUUUUAUCCCCCUGUGAAGUGUAUUUAUAAAGUUUUGUAUGUGUGACAAGUCACAAGUGCUUCAUUUUAAAACAAAAAAGGUGAAUAAUUAUGUUUAAAAUACAUUUUUAUAGAGUCAAAUCAUAGCUUAUCCUCACUUUGGCCAAUUUUAUAAACAACUUUUGUCAUUUUGUGCAAUAUUUGGAGGAUUUUAUUCCUGUUCGUCCCUCUUGUCACAGCUCAGGGUUGAACAGGGCAUGUGGAGUUUGUGUGUAAAAUGAGCCACUGUGUGUUUGUGUUGAUACUGUAUGUAAUAUAUGUCUGAUUGAGAGAAAGCUUAAAACAAAUUAAACUUGCAUUACAUUCAAUGGCCUGAUGGGGGCACUAUAAUCAAAGACAAAGCACUUGAUUUCAGUGUUCCAUACAACGAUUACUGAAACAGUAAUUUUUCAUUUGCCAAAAUAAAGAAACUCUACUUCUUG